AUGGCGCCAACUCCGCGGGACACCUGGAUGCGGAGCCCGGCGGACCCGUAUCUGGAGCUGCGCUUCAGCCGCCCGGUGAGGCUCUGCGGGACGGUGCAGUACCUGGUGGCCACGACGCUCUACACAGGCAUCGUGAUGUACGCACCGGCGCUCAUCUUGAACCAAGUGACUGGGCUGGACAUCUGGGCGUCCCUCCUGUCCACAGGGUUCAUCUGCACCUUCUACACGACAGUCGGCGGCAUGAAGGCUGUGGUGUGGACGGACGUGUUCCAGGUGGUCGUGAUGCUGAGCGGGUUCUGGGUGGUGCUGGCCCGCGGCGCCGUGCUGCUGGGCGGGCCGCGGCGCGUGCUGCAGCUGGCGCGGACCCACGCCCGGAUCAACCUGCUGGACUUCGACCCCGAUCCUCGCAGCCGCUAUUCGUUCUGGACGUUGGUGGUGGGGGGCACGCUGGUGUGGCUGUCCAUGUAUGGGGUGAACCAGGCCCAGGUGCAGCGGUACGCGGCCUGCCGCUCAGAGAGGACGGCCAGGCUGGCCCUCUUCAUCAACCAGCUGGGCCUGCUGCUGAUUGUGUCCAGCGCUGCCUGCUGCGGCAUCGUCCUGUUUGUGUUCUACGAGGGCUGCGAUCCUGUCCUCGCAGGGCGCAUCUCUGCCCCAGACCAGUACAUGCCCCUGCUGGUGCUGGACAUCUUCCAUGACCUGCCGGGGUUGCCCGGGCUCUUCCUGGCCUGCGCCUACAGCGGUACGCUCAGCACCGCGUCCACCAGCAUCAAUGCCAUGGCGGCCGUCACCGUGGAGGACCUCAUCCGCCCCCGUGCGCCCGGCAUGGCGCCCCGCAGGCUCGUCCUCAUCUCCAAGGGGCUCUCGCUCCUCUACGGCUUGGCCUGUCUCACCAUGGCCGGCCUGUCCUCGCUGCUGGGCGGCGGCGUCCUCCAGGGCUCCUUCACCGUCAUGGGCGUCCUCAGCGGCCCGCUGCUGGGCGCCUUCAUCCUGGGCAUGGGCCUGCCGGCCUGCAACACACCGGGCGUCCUGGCGGGGCUGGGCGCGGGCUUGGCGCUCUCACUGUGGGUGGCCGUGGGCGCCACGCUGUACCCGCCCAGCGCCGAGAGCAUGGGCGUCCUGCCGUUCUCCGCCGCCCGCUGCCAGGCUCCUGCAGCCAACGCCUCUGUUCUGGACUGGCUGCUCGCCGUCAACAGCUCGGGCAGAGCCCUCAGCUCCGCAGCGGACCCCGCGCGCCCGGCCUUGGCCGACAGCUUCUACGCCAUCUCCUACCUGUACUAUGGGGCGCUGGGCACGCUGACCACCGUGCUGUGCGGAGCGGCGGCCAGCUUCCUGACCGGCCCCACCCCGCGCAGCGCCCUGCGCCCUGGGCUGCUCUGGUGGGAUCUCUGCCGGAGGACGGAGGAGGCCCCCAAGGAGGAAGCGGCCGCCCUGGAUGGCAGCUUGGCACAGGGACCGGAAGAAAUCCCCCCGGGAGCGAAGAAGCCCCCGGAGGCAGAGCAGCGGCCUCUGUGUCUGGCCCGGGCGGAGCCCGCACUCCGCACGCCCCGCGCACGGCCGGACCCCGAGCCCGAGCCCGAGCCGGACCCGGCCUGCGAGCGCGAGAGCAGCCUCUGA